AGCUUAAUGAGGCACUUGCUUUGGAGUUAGGUCUGUGUGCAGCGGAAUGCGGCACUAAGCAGGGCACAGGGGGGCACGGGCAGCGACUCUGUCUCCCUAUGCACAAUGGAAGCAGCUACAGACUGGGGGUAAAUGCAGAGCGUGGGGAAUCUCUGCAGUAGAAAACUGUCAGUCAUUUCUUCCUAUCAUCCAAUGGGAUUGUGCCUGGGGCUCUGAAAGAGUUGUGAGUACACAUGGACAGCCUGAGGAUGCUGUAGUAUGGAGAUCCCUGCAGUGCCGGGCUUGGGCUGACUGGCUGCUGCUGCUGCCGGGGAAGGGAAGAUGCAGAGCGAUGCUACACGUCCCCAACACUUACUGAUCCAACCUGGGCUGCGCUGCUGAGACAGCAGAGGGACCUCACAACUGGGGGCCAGGACUGCAGUGUCCCCUCUCUGGGCUCAUUGGUUCCAGAAGGACCAUGCUGUGAAGAAUGUCUCACUUGUCCAAAAUCAGACCUGCCCCAGCAGGUUCUCCCGGCCCCAAGGCCACUAAAAUGCCUCAAGGGAUAACUAUCCAGCUCACUAAAGUACAAAGUGAAGACAAUUGGGAAGAUCUGGAUGAGAGUGAGCUUAUCUUUACUUUGGAUCAAGAUGACAGUGAGGAUGUUGAGGCGGCACCAAAAACAGAAAGAACCCUGAAUUCUACGCGUUUGCCCUUUACAUGCAACCCAGGAGAUGUGGUCAAUGAGCUUGCACUUGCGGCGUAUGAGUGCGCCGGGGAUGUGUUGUUGGCUAAUGAUAUCCAAAGGAAUAGCUCCCCCAUGUUGCCAAGUUCCCCCACCUCUAAACCCGCUGUCAACUUAGUGAAGUCUCACUCCAGCGAAAUUGAUUCCAAGGAGGCUUCACCACACAAGCCGCACCCUCUGGUCAACUUAGUCAAGUCCAUCUCUACAGAAAUCUCCAGACUUGAGCCUGAGGUUUCCCAGUCAAAGUCGGACUCCAAACUAAAUGUUCAUCUCUGGAGACAAAUAACCCAGCCCAAGGGCAAAAAUGGGGAUUCCAGGACCGCUCCGUCCUCCCCUAGCAUGUCACCCUCUGAGAGCAAAGGACUCUUUUUCAAUGUGCAGGAAGUAGAGGCCAAGCUGGAAGACACCAAGAGGAGGCUUUCGGAAGCCAUGCAAGAACCCUUGAGUAUGCUGAGUAAGAUCAUAGGAGAAGAGGCAAGCCCUAACUUGAAAUGUAGAACUGCUUUGUUCCCACAGGAAUCCCCCACCACCCAGGCAAGAGACCAAGGUCUAUUUGACUUUAAAGACGACAUGCCCGAAGAGGGCGAUUGCUUAGACUUUGCAGAAAGCAUGGGGAAUCCUGCCAAUAAAAACCCGCCUGGGGACUAUUGCAAGUAUAAAAUAUGCUCCUAUGGAGAUGUCAUCCAAGUAGUAGAACUGGCAUCCGGUGAUGCACCCGAAGAGCAAGAUGUAGGACCUACACGGGACAGACGCAAUGUGCCUAAUCCUCACAGUGAUGUGCCAUAUAGCGUCCUCAUUUGUGCGGCUAUCCUGGCUUAUAACUUUCUCAUUUGGCCUCUCCCGGCUUACAUUUCAGGGCUUUUUGUGGGUUUGGCCAGUGGGUUCUUGUUGGGCUUUUUCAUCAUUUUACUGAUUGUGCCCAGACCAGCAUAUGAUUCUAGACUCAGACCUUCUCUAAAAGAGAAUGUGAAAACCCCUCUGUCGGCACCUGGGGCACAGGAACCUGAUGUGCUUAGGGGCUGGAUGAAUGAGAUUUCUUCCUACGACCCAGAGACCUACCACCCGGCAUUUACCAACUCUGUGUUUGUGACCCUGGAAGGGACAACGCUGAAACGCUCCUACCCAAAAUGCAACCUGCCCCGAAGGUCCAUCUUUGGUGAGGAGAUACCUGAGGUUGUGUUUGUCGCCCAUCAAACCAAUGACCUGACCGAUGCUCAGGUAUUUCUGUACCCACAUGGCCUGGCCAGGAAGAGACUAUGGAAUAAGAAGUAUCCAAUCUGCAUCCAGCUCUGUGACAUGGAAGAGCUGAGCGCGACAAACACACAACCAGAUGAGACAGAAGCGACCAACAGGGAGGCCCCGAAACUCAAAGCAGAGAACCCAGAGAAGCUACCGGAACAUCCAACACCAGGAACCUUGUAUUUGUUUGGCAGAACGGGAAGGGAGAAAGAGGAGUGGUACCAACAACUGGCGAGAGCUUGCCGAGGGGUAGCGAGCACAAAGCAAAGUGCAAGUAAAUGUGAUAAAAUAGGACUGGUCCCAAGUACUACAUCAAGCCCAUGCAGCUUGGCUGGACCAAGUAACAGCAGUGGUGGGAGCUCUGAAGACAUCCCCUGCCUGACCAGGCCAAAAGAACUAACUGGCAAUGUCAAGCAGAAAAUCCUUCUGGAUUACGGAGCCUACAUGUCACGUCUUAUGCUCCCUGAGCAGGCCAGUCCCCUACUGAGUCCUUGUCAAAGUGCAGCGAGCAGCCCCACACUGAGAAAACAGCACCUGGUGGAACGGACCCUCUGCAACAACCCCGACGUGUGCUGGAUAAACGCCUUCAUUGGAAGGAUCUUGUGGGACUUCCUGAGAGAGAAAUACUGGGAGGAUAUGGUGGCCGACAAGAUCCAGAAGAAGCUGACCAAAAUCAAGCUGCCCCACUUCAUGAACGAGCUGACCCUUACGGGCUUGGAUAUGGGCACCUCCCUGCCCCAGAUUAACUCCAUCUCAAACCCCACCAUGAACGAAAGAGGGCUUUGGAUGGACCUGGAUGUUUCCUACAGUGGAUUCCUACAGGUCACAUUAGAGACAAAGAUGAAUUUAUCUAGGCUGGGCAAGGAAGAGGAGAGGGGGCACACAGACGUCAGGAGAGACAGAGUCCUUACACCAAGAGCAAGAAUAUUUGUUGACAGCGAUGAAGAAUCUUCAAGUGCCGGUUCCUCGGAAGACGAGGAGAUCCCCAUCACAGAAAUGCCAGGAGCUUUGGGAGACAGGUUGAACCCAACAAACUCAGAAGGAUUCACCGGUGGCAACAGUACAGGGCGCAGGAUACUCCGAUUUGUCGAUAAAAUUACCAAAUCCCGCUACUUCCAGAAAGCCACGGAGAAUGAGUACAUCAAGAGGAAGAUCGAAGAGGUGUCCAACACGCCACUGUUGCUGACAGUGGAACUACAAGAGUUGGAGGGGACUCUGACGGUUAAUAUUCCCCCUCCACCCACAGACAGGAUAUGGUACAGUUUCCAGACUCCACCACGCCUUGAGAUGAGGGUGCGCCCCAAACUUGGCGAAAGAGAGGUGACCUUUAUCCAUGUGACAGAAUGGAUAGAGAAGAAGCUACAAGAUGAGUUUCAGAAAAUAUUAGUAAUGCCAAACAUGGAUGACCUGUAUUUCCCAGUCAUGCAGUCUGGUGUUGAAGGUACCAAGUCAACGCAGCCUGAGCCAGUAAACCCACCUGUCCUUUGAGCUCUAUAUAACAAAGAGUAAUGAAGAAAGAAUGCUGUCAUUGGACCUUGCUGAGUACCACUUUGACAUGAUAUUUGGGCUUGUUGUAUUGUGGAUCUAAGCCUGACCAAGAAGGACACCAACCUUGUCUGCAAGCAGGACAGCAGAAGCUAAAAAACAAAAUGGUUGCUAGAUUGGUCUUCAUGUAUUUCUUUUAAAAGAUAAGUAUGAUAGGUGGCCAAGGGGCUGUCUCACAGGAACUUGUCUUCUCCUGACUGACAAGGGCUUAGAUAGUUCUCAUUUAUACCAUAUUUCUGUGUAAUAUAAUGUAAAUUGUUGUUGGACACCCAAACCCAGUGGUCUAUUUGUUAAUUCCCAGUCAUUGGAGAUUUAAAGCAAUAAUUCAUAAUUCCAUGUUCUUAUUCCCAUAUGUCUUGCUGAUCCGAAAUCGAAUUGUUCCGAUGAUGUUCUAUGGAGUGUUAGACCAGGCGCUGUGCUAGAUGUAUUUUUGAAUUAGCAUCACAGGCCGGAAGAUGUUGUGCGUAUAAACAUGGUGUACAUUCUGCAAAGUGAUUGGUUAAUCUGGAAUAGAGGAGGUAACACACCAUAUCUAAACACUGCAGUUGUCCAUAAGCCAUUGAGAAUCAACAUCUGUUGUAGUUGAGUUUUUGAAGUUCUUGGCAAGUUCUGUCAUUGCAAGAUCCAAAGCGGAAAAAUAUCUUACAAAAUAAAGUGUCAAACCAGU